CCCGCAGUGGUCAGUUCCUGAAGCGCAGGGAAUUUUAUUAGACAACAACAACACACAAGUAGCUUUACCAAGUGCUUCUUUAAGCAAACCACCAGUUGACUCUUGAAUAUAAUGACAGAAAAAGAUGUGAUUAUAAUGCCUAAAAGUUGAAUACAAAAGAUGUGAUGAAGAAACGUGACUGAUUAAAUCAAUUAUGCAAAUGAAAGGCGUUAUUAGAGGCUCAGGCAAGUCAAAUUCAGCGUUCACAAACAUUCUAAACCAGCUUGUACAGGAUCCGGGAUGUCUGCAAGAGUGAUUUUCAGAGGGAUAAAAUACCUGCAGAUUUUCACAUGCUGGUUACAGUUGGUAGAGGACAUGUAUAUACUGCUCUCCUCUCUGAAGGCAGCAGAGGAGAAUCACAGGAUGAGCAGACGGACAGAGUCAUACCCUCUUCAAGACUUUGCUGCUGAGAAGUCUCAAGGAGAUGGUGUGAUGAGCCGCAGAAGGGUCUCUGUGAAAGACCUGGGCCAGGGUGACUGUCAGGGCUUUUUGUACAAAAGGAAGGAAAGCAAAGGGUUCUUGGGCUGGAGGUGGAAAAAGUUUUGGUUUGUGCUCAAGAAAUGUUCGCUCUACUGGUACACAUCCGACAUUGCAGAGAAGGCCGAAGGCUACAUCAACAUGAGAGACUUCACCGUAGAACAGGCUGCCGAAUGCAAGAAGAAGUUUGCAAUGAAAGCAAGCCACCUCCACAUGGUGACACUCUACUUUGCAGCUGAGAACAUGAAAGACAUGAACAAAUGGCUGGCUAAACUCACCCAGGCUUCAAAUGAACCCGAGCCCACAGACUCAACCAUCGGAGAGUGCUACAGUGAGGAGAGCGAUGAUGAUGAUGAAGCAGACACAGCUGAGGUGUCUGUGGAGUACAUGGAUCAGCUGACCCCCGGUUCUCUGCAUGGUUGUCUCCCGCCUCCUCGCUCCUCUUCCUCUCCAUGUCAGGACUUGAUCCCGCUGGUUUCUCCGAUGUGUAACCGCACAGAGACUCAGAGCGCAGACAGCGAGUCGUGGCAGGAGAUCAGCUCAGAGGACAACCCCAUCCUCAAAAUACAGGAAUUCAAAGGAAAUGACAGCCCACCGUCUGAUGAGAUGGAGAUGUUGUAUCUUCACCUCAAGCAGGCGAGUCUGUCGCCCACAGGAGCCCUACAGCCAACCACCAAACGUGACUUCAGGUCCUCCUUCAUUAGACGCUGCAAAAAUGAAAGCGUUAAUGAGAAACUGCACCUCAUUCGAGCUUUAAACAGCACUUUAAAGGCUAAGGAGGCCGAUCUGCAGGCCAUAGAGCAGGUCUUGAGUGAACCGUCUCUGAGCGCAAGUAAAUACAGACAAUGGCGAGAUGCUAAUGUGCUCCUGCUGCAAGAAAUCGUAGAGAAACGCAAGAGUGCCGUCGAGACGGAGGCCCAGAAACCACCGGUUGAAACUCAGCCCCAACGCCAGUCACUCUUCAGCCCGAACGCUGCGUUCCCUGCUGUCCCCGUCUACACCGAGACCAGCCUGUGAAUUUGAGAGGCUGAUUAUAACAAGGAAAGGAUGAUGUGAAACAGAUCUAUGCUGUGUGAAGAUGACCACAGGACCUGUAUGACACCAGUUUCUCAGACACAUGAAGCUUCUCUGAAACUCAGAUUCCAGCCUACAAAGGAAGAAUGCAUCAACUAGGUCAUAGAACUGUGAAAAAUGACUUCAUAGUAAUGACAUGUUUUUGAUAUGUAUAGUUACUGCGUUUUGGCUUUGUAGUUCACAAUCAUUUUUUGUUUUAGUGGGAGAAAAUGUGGCAAGCAUCUUAUGUGUUUGUAGAUGUUAUGUAAAAUGGUUGAAUUAAAUGGUGUGUUUUUAAUUUGGUUUUAUGAAUGACUCAUGACACUGGAACAUGUUGCAUUGCCUGGUUUGACUUUGAGGUAGUCGAUACAUGAAUUUCGCCAAGACAAACACACUCAUACUCAUACCUCUUAUUCAGCCCUUGUGUUUGUUACAAAAUCACUCCAUUCCACGCACACUAUCUAGGCUCAGUUAUCUCGUCUGUUCUUUAAACUUGUUUGUGCUUGAUCUUUUUAGGAGUGCAGUAUUGUUUACCUGUUUUUAACAUGACGGUCUCUUUUAGAUGUACAUAUUUUAGCAUUUUACAACUGUAAAUGAAUGUCUUAAAUAUUGUACAUUUUUGUAUAAAUGUCUAUGAUUCAACUGUAUAAAUGUUUAUUUGGUAUUUUGAAUUAAUCCAUACUAAAGGAGUGCAAAAUAAAAUAAAAAUAGCUGUUUAAUAUUUUCUUUCAAAA